UCAGCCUAAAUUUAUAUCCAAUUUUGGGCGUAGGCCUCUUCCAUGUUUUUCCACUUCCGACGAUCCUGGGCUAUCGACAUCCAGCCAUAUCCUGCGUGCCGCACAAUGUCGUCCUUCCAUCUCAUUGGUGGUCUUCCUCUCGGUCUUGUGAAUGCUCGUGGGCGCCACUCUAACAAUCUCCGGGUCCAUCUUUCCUUGCUCAUUCGAGCAAUGUGUCCCUUACUUAAAUAAGAACAAAUAAACAUGCAUUGGUGCUAAUUCCUGUAAAUACCAUCUAAUUUUAUUUUAAGUUAUAUCUGUCCUUUUCUUAUCCGCCGAAAAGGAAAGGGACGGGUAAUCGACAAGCAUAAAAUUUAUGGAACACACGUCAAUUUUAAGCACAAAUCUAAACCAACCGUCUAAAAAUUUUACGUCAGUCAAUAACCCGACACAUUAAUUUACUCAUUCUUUCUAAAAUUAAGAGCUGUGAAUCAUCCGUCCCUUUCCUUUUCGACGGAUACGAAAAUGACGGAUAUAACCUAAAAUAAAAUUAGGCGGUGUCUGCAGGAAUCGGGGCCAUUUUGUAUGUUAAUUGUGUUUGUGUGUACGUGUAUGUGUAUAUAUUAGUGUGUGUGUUUAGUUAAGACAUUACAGUAGUAGACUAAUAAUAACGAUCUCCGCGGCACUGGAACACUAUUGCCUAUUGUAGCGCGAUGCAACGCUACAACAGGUAAUCAACUAAUAGAGCAGGAUGUACAGUCAUGAGCAAUAUAAUGUACCCACUUUAGGACUCUGUCGCACUAACAUUUUUUUUUUUUUUUUUUUGUAUUUUGCGCUGGCUAUCCUCUACCAUAGGGCGGCAGAGCCUUUGUCAAGCGGAAAAUUAAACUUUUUACACAAUGGUAAUCGGUCGUUUUGCUCUACAGAGUUGAUCCAGAAUCAGUACAAUUUUGUAUUGAUCUUUCGUCAGCUCGGAUAUGUGUCUUAUGUUUUUUAUUAGAUGGUGUAUGUGGUGUGUGUGGGGGUUUUUUAUUGUUUGUGUUCAUGUCUUAAAGUAGGGCUAAUGUGGCACAGAUUAUUAUUAUUAUAUAUAUGUAUUUUUUUUUUAUUCUAUUAUCUCGUCUUUCUUUUUUUUUUUCCUCUCUUACAUUCUAGCUUAACAGACUAACUUAAUGGCUAUUUACCACUAGGCUACUACUUGCUUUUUUUACCCACGACGGAACGGAGCAGGUAUAUGCGUUUAGGGUGAGAGAUGUUUGUGUGUGCGUUUGUGCAAAGAAAUGUUAUUAAUUAUCUUCUAAACUAAUAAUCCGAUUUUGAUGCGGUUUUCAAUAACGGGUUUUUACUAUUUAUACUUAUAUUACUAUCUAUACAUCACGUAUGUUGGCUGGCAUAUAGCGCAGUAUAUACCAGCAACAUGCUUUUUAUUUGCUGCUAUUUCUUUUUAUUGCUCUAUCUGCUACCUUCUUGCACUAACAUAUUUGACAUUUAGUGAGACUUACGACCUCCUACGAACGACUACGAACGACCUCCGUGGUCCAGUGGUUGAGCGUUGGGCUCACGAUCCGGAGGUCCUGGGUUCGAUUCCCGAUGGGAACAUAUCACAAAAAUUACAUUGUGGUCCCUAGUUUGGUUAGGACAUUCAGGCUGAUCACUUAAUUGUCCGAAAGUAAGAUGAUCCGUACUUCGGAAGGCACGUUAAUCCGUUGAUCCCGGUUACUACUUACGAAUGUAAGUAAGUAUUCGAUACAUGAGUCUUGUCAGGGCUUUUGUGUACCGGGUGAGAGCCUUCAGCGCUCCUCAUUUGUCCGGCCAAGUAGUUAAUGCUAUUAUACAAACAAAAGCUCAACAACACGGUUUUACUUUUUAAUAACACUAUGUAAAACUUUUUUGAUACCGGCUGUACUAAUUCUGUCAUAAAAAAUGACAGAAAAGUACAUUUGUCACGUGCUGACAUAGCGACAACAGAAGCAAAACCUAGUAAAUAAACAGAAAACAAGGGAACGCUUUCCAAUAAAUAAAUAGCAAAUAUUUAAUAGUUGUUACAAGAAGAUCGAAAACGAGAAAUUUGACUAGAACGGAGACUCUUAUGAAAAAACUGGACCUGUCAAAUCUUCAGGUUAGAUAAGCAGACCCUCUGAACCUCUUGAUAAUGCUAGGGAUGAUAGGAUUGAUAAUUAUGAUGAAGAAUGAAGAGAAGUAUAAAUAGUAACAUAAUCUAAUAAAGAAACUACCUCUGUACGUCCCAUUUGACUGCAAGGCACAGGUCUGCAAAUAAUCCGAAGAGGCACAGAAUACUACACUUCACUACAAGUUGACAAGGAAACGCUCAGUCCAGAAUCAGAAUCAUAAGUUCUUAACCCAACUGGAAUUUGAACCUAAGAAUUAAUUCAGUUGUGGCCACAAGCGUGCAUCAGAUGCUAAUGUAAAAGAAGAAAAAUUGAGCCAUUUAGAAAAUAAAUUCGAAAUAGUCAUGACAUAUCUAGAAGAAGUUAUACAUUUAAUGAAACAUAAUAAAAAGUACUUCAAAAAAUAAAUAGAUGCAAUAGAAGAGUCGUUUAAAACCGAAAUAGAAAGUCUUUUGAAGGACGUAAUAUAGUCUUUUAAAGUACAAGAUACCUAACAAGAGGUCCUGACGACAACAAAUAUUUCAAGGAUCACAAAAGCUAUAUCAAAGUUAUUAAAAUGAACAAUGUCUGAUUGUCAAAUAUGCCCACGACACCAUGUUACUGUACCAGCCAAAUCUGCUGUUAAAUCCAGAGCUCAAAUGAACAAGACUAGAUUUCAAAAAUAUGCCUGGCUAGUCUAUAAAAUAGCCGGAAUAAUAUUCACCGUUAUCGUUUUCUUUGCUAUCAUGAUGUGGUUCAAUUUUGAGUAUGUUUUAAACCAGGAACAGAAUGCAUCAUCUCCAAAGAACAAUACUCCUGAAAGUUUUAGAUUGCCAGCAAUAGUUUGGCACACAGCAGACUUCUUCAGUACACCUACGAAUAGAAAAAUUACAUGUACAAAAGGUUCUAAAACGUUUCAAUGCGAGUUAUUUCGCCCACAAUCAAAACCGGACAAAACGGAAGGUUACUUAUUUGAUGGCGCUCAAAUUGACUACCUCCCUUUACCAAGAGGGUACACCGUUUGGGGUCUGAUCCACUUCGAGUCGCCAUCAACGAAGCUGAUGUUCUACCACGAGAAAGCCUUAAGUCUAUUCAAUUUCUCAGCUACUUUUAGCAGAUUUAGCAACAUACCAAUGCCCUUAUUCUGGUUCAAGAGCUUAGAUGAUAUUGUAUCUCCUUUUUAUUACGUUAAAACUGAAAAAAAAAACUCUAUGCUCUCUGAAAUAGCUCCUGUACUUUAUUUACAAUCGAACUGCUAUACUUCUGUAGAACGAGAUGCAUAUGUCAAGAAGCUGAUGGAUCACAUCAAAAUUGAUUCGUAUGGAACUUGUCUUCAUAAUAAGGAGCUGUAUUUAAACCGCAUGUACAGAGAUUCUUUCCAAUAUCAUUUGGAAAGUCAAGAACUGCUGAGAUUCAUAGCAAACUAUAAAUUUAUGAUAACUAUCGAGAACGCAGUGUGCAAUGAUUAUGUUACUGAGAAAUUCUGGAGAGCAAUACAAGUGGGAACAGUCCCGAUCUACUACGGCUCGCCGCUGAUCAGGGACUGGCUGCCGAACAACAAGUCGGCCAUACUGCUGGAGGACUUCCCCACGCCGGAGCUGCUCAGCCAACACCUGCACUACCUCCUGAACAACGACACCGCGUACGAAGAACACCUCGAGCAUAUGACUUUAGGGAUCAUUACGAAUCAGAAGUUAAUAGACGAAAUAACAGUAAGGCCGUAUCAGGUAGAACUAGAUAAGAUUAAGAGAAAUCUAGAAUGUAUAGUGUGUGAGAGACUUCACGAGAACAGCACAAGAAUCGAUAUUGUGACAAAGAAACAUUAUGAUUGUCCGACACCACCAUCAGCUUUAACUCUUUCUGUAAACCCGAACAAUCCAAAACUAGAGUACAUUAACAAAGCGAAGAAGGACCUGGAGAAGAUUCUCGAAGAGUUAAGAAGUCAAAAUUCCACUCAUAGAAGUUCUAAAGUGAGUUGGUGGUGAUAUUUGCACCUUUCAACCGUGCCUGCAUCAGAUGUAUAGUAACAUAGUCAAAAUCACUUUGUGAUCCCUAGUUUCGUAAGAACAUUACAGGCUGAUCACCUGAUUGUCCAAAAGUAAGAUGAUCCGUGCUUCGGAAGGCGCGUUAAGCCGUUGGUGUCGGUUACUACAUGCUGAUGUAAGUACGUAGUCGUUACAUGAGUCAUGUUAGGGGCCUAUGGCGGCUCAAUAAUAACCCUGACACCAGGGUUGAUGGGGUUGGUAAUCCACCUCACAACCCACACGAUAGAAGAAGACGGACAGUCCAUACAAAAAUCUCGUUGUGAACGCGUAAGUGCGAGCGAGACACAGUCCAUGUGCUCUCUCCCUCACUCCUUAGCGGCUUACGGCCAUUUAAAACUAAAGUAAGACCCAGAGGGGUUGAGGUCAGCGACGAAUUGGUGCUAUGUAAAUAGAUUUUUAUUUUUAAUUUAAUUUUCUUUAAUAUUAGUCGAUUAAAA